AUGAGUCCCGACGAGGAGAAGAAGCCGGGUAUACCAAGAAAGAUCCAAAAUGUGGAGGAAAUUAUUAUGAAAUGUGAGUGUUAUGUUGAAAAAGAUGGCGAAGAAAGACUGGCUGAGAUACUGUCGAUUAAUUCUAGACGAUCUCCUCCAAAAUUUUAUGUCCACUACGUGGACUUCAAUAAACGGCUAGAUGAAUGGAUUACGGCAGACCGAAUAAAUUUGGAGAAGGACGUCAUGUUUCCGCGACCUAAGACAGCAGAAGAGGAUAUCAACAAGCAAAAGAAGAAGAAGAAGAAGACUCCCGGGCCUUCAACCGGAGAGUCCGGUGAUCAACGUUCAGAAUCACCGGAGGCGACCGAUGUUAUGGACUUGGAAGAUUUAAAUGUGCAGGGAUUACAGGAUGAAGAGUUAUCGCGAGAAGAUGAAAUCAAAAAACUUCGGACUUCUGGCUCCAUGACGCAGAAUCCUCAUGAAGUGGCUCGUGUAAGAAACAUCAACCGUGUUAUAAUGGGAAGAUUUCAAAUCGAGCCGUGGUAUUUUUCGCCGUACCCGAUUGAGCUCACAGACGAGGACGUCGUUUACAUCGAUGAUUUUACUUUGCAAUAUUUUGGAUCCAGAAAGCAGUAUGAACGCUAUAGAAAAAAAUGUACACUGCGACAUCCUCCGGGGAACGAAAUUUAUAGAGAUGAUUAUGUGUCAUUUUUCGAGAUCGACGGCAGGCAACAGAGGACAUGGUGCCGAAACUUAUGUUUACUUUCAAAACUUUUUCUUGACCAUAAGACGUUGUACUACGAUGUGGAUCCGUUCUUAUUUUAUUGCAUGACCAGAAGAGAUGAACUGGGGCAUCAUUUAGUUGGAUAUUUUUCUAAGGAGAAAGAAUCUGCGGACGGCUAUAAUGUUGCCUGUAUCUUAACUUUGCCACAGUAUCAACGAAUGGGGUACGGGAGACUUUUGAUUGAAUUCUCAUACGAACUCUCCAAACAAGAAGGCAAAGUUGGCUCUCCUGAGAAGCCGCUCUCGGACUUAGGUUUAUUAUCAUACAGAGCGUAUUGGGCUGAUACGCUCAUCACCAUACUUGCUGAUCAUGGGCGUGAGAUUACAAUCGACGAGAUUAGCUCAAUGACAUCCAUGACGACAACUGAUAUCCUGCAUACAGCCAAGACCUUGAAUAUCUUGAGAUAUUACAAGGGGCAGCAUAUAAUCUUCCUCAAUGAUGACAUAAUGAAGAGGUAUGACCAGCUGUUUUCAAAACCAAGAAGGAGAAUUACACCCUCGAAACUUGUUUGGAAGCCGCCUAUCUUCACAGCUUCACAGUUGCGGUUUGCAUGGUAA